AGAGGAGGGGGUGUACAGUUUCGCCAACAAUGGAAAUUCAAUCAGGAAAUGGAGUGGCGGUGGAGAGCGAAGUGGUGGUCACAUCCUCUUCACCUCCCUGGGCAGAGCCGCACAGAGAGGACCUGCCGGCCACCAAGAGGAUCGAGAGGUUUGACAUCUCACUGGACAACCUGAAGAUGAUGUUCGAGAACCCUGUGACACAUAAAACCGAAGUUGGAUGUGAGAGAGGUGCACUCUACCCCAGACCCCAGGGAGGCCAGCCCAACGGUGUGUCCGUGGAUCCUGAGGAACAGCAAGCACCCGACAAGAACAUGUCUUCCAAACACAACCAGACUGCAGGCAGCGGGGGUGGACCCAGGACAGGACUUCCUGAGGAAGCUGAGAGGCAGUGGAGCAGUGCUCCCGCUGAGGGAACGGAGCCAGAGCACAUCCCGCUGAAGGAAAGGCUGGCCAUGUAUCAGGCUGCUGUCUCCAAGAAGGAGGCGCUCGCCUCCUCCAACACGGUGGUGGAGGAGGCCGAGGUCUGCUCCUUGCCCGGAGGGCUUGCCGGUGUGAAGAAACAAUUUGAGAGCCAGGAAAUCGCCACCUCUCACAGCACCGUCACCCAGUUCCACAUCCAACACAGAUCUGUGCAGGAAGUGUCGAGCUCAUCAGAGACUGUGAUUGUGAAGAGCAAAGCCAGGGAGGUGGUCCCAUCAACUCACCUGGCGUCUUUCAUUCAAGAAGAAAAGGUAUCACAUGAUGAUAGUGUUCACAAGAGCUCCGUGGCCUCCGACUAUGCAAACCAUUAUGAGGAAACGGUGAAAGUCAUUGGAGGAGAGGAGUUGCCAAAGAUUUCCACUCAGGCUUUGAAGCAGCAGUUUGAAAAAGCCAUUGGAGAAGCCACCCCAAGCAAGCAAAUAAAGAUUGAUCUUGAUUACAACCAAUUUCCAUGGGCUCCAGUUGCAAAUGUUUCGUCUGAAGCCUCAAUAGGCAAGAUGACUGAAGUAUCGUCUGUUGUUACUUCAAAAGUGGAGGAGGCGGCGGCCUCCAGCUCUGCUUCUGCCUCUGGUGCUAUGUACGAGAGCAUGGAAAGCCUGCCACCCCCACCCCCAGAGCUACUUCAGCCACCAUCAGAGCAUUCAGAAGAGUGCUCACCAGAACCUCCUGAGCCAGUGCCUCCCUCCAAGCAAUCAGUCAACAAGCAGUACACCAAGCAGAAAAACCUUAAUGAGCUGAAACGCCUUUACAAGCACAUCCACCCAGAAGUCCGCAAGAACCUGGAGCGAGACUUCUUCAGUGACGUGACGGAGAUGGAGAGGACCCAGCUGGAGAGCCAAGAGGAGGUGACGGGAGAUAUCCAGCAGGCCAGGUCUGUGUUUGAAAACACGGGGGGUAGCCCCAGCAAAUGUAUGAGCCCCGAGAGGGAGUAUCUGGAAUGGGAUGAGAUCCUGAAAGGGGAAGUACAGUCCAUGCGCUGGAUGUUUGAAAAUAAACCCUUGGACACCAUAAAGGACGAAUCACCAGAUGAGGACGAUGUGAAGAACAUCGCUCAGCAAGAAAUAAUUGCUGGAAGUGACGUGAAGUACACGGCAUGGAUGUUUGAAACGCAGCCUAUGGAUGCCUUAGGAACGGAGAACCCAGACCCAGACGCAGUCGAACAGAAAGGCAAAUGUCCUGAGCUGGCGAGGGGAGAUGUGCGCACCGCGACUUGGCUGUUUGAAACGCAGCCAUUAGAUGCUCUCAACAAGGUCUACCAUGAGGAAGGACAGACCACAGAAGUCAUCCUCGCAAGUGAUGUAACUCGAGGGGACGUCAAAACCGCAAGGUACCUGUUUGAAACUCAGCACUUGGAUUCUCUAGGCCACACUGAGUUCACUGACGAGACCAACUUCCUGCAGCUGAAGUCAGAGUUAGAGGAAAUCAAAGGGGAGGUAAAGACAACCACUCAGAUGUUUGAGACGCAGCCCAUGUGUGUGAUCAGGGGAGACUCUGGUGAAAUGCUGGAGAUCACAACUGUCCGUAGAGAGGAAACAGAGAAGGGGGAUGUGAAGACCUCACGCUGGCUCUUUGAAACUCAGCCAUUGGACAUGAUUAAUAGGGAUGCCACUCAGGUGAAGGUGGUUUGUGGUGUGUCCAUGGAGGGCAACUAUCAGGAUAAUGUGAAAAAAGGCAGAUGGCUGUUUGAAACAAAGACUUUAGACUCAAUCAAGGAUGAAGAAUGGGAAGGCUCUAAACUGCAAAAGGAGGAGAUUAUUGGAGCUGACGUUCGCAAGCAGUGUUGGGUGUUUGAGACUCAGCCAAUGGACACGUUGAAAGAUGAUUCAAAUGCCAGACCCAUGUCCACUGAAGAAAUUGUAGGAGGCAAUGUGCGAGCGGCAAGACAUUUAUUUGAAACUGUUCCAAUGGAGGCUUUGAAGGAACAUCUUGAAGUGGGAAAACUUCAAAAACUAGUUGCCUCUGAAGAGGAAAAGGGUGAUGUGAGACAUCAGAAGUGGGUGUUUGAGAGUCAGCCACUUGAGAACAUCAGAGAAGAGAAAAAGGAAGUAAUCCGAACAGUAAUGCUGGAGGAAUUGGAUAAAGGCGAUGUCUCAAACUACAAGGACAUUUUUGAAACGAUGGAUUUGAGCAGGUGUGAUGAAACUCAGAAAAUACAGGUUGAGGGUGUCACCAGUGGCUCUGUGAGAUCAAAUAAAGUUCUUUUUGAAUCCACACCCUUGUAUGCAAUGCAGGACAGCUCUGGUCACUACCAUGAGGUCAAAACAGUUAGAAGGGAGGAAAUAGUGAAAGGUGAUGUCAGAAGCUGUAAGUGGAUGUUUGAAACCCGUCCUAUUGAUCAGUUUGAUGAAAGCAUCACAAAGUUCCAGAUUAUUAAAGGAAUAUCUAAACAGGAGGUUGAAGCAGGUGAUGUUAAAACAGCUAAGUGGCUGUUUGAAACGCAGCCUCUGGAUUCCAUUAAAUAUUUCAGCAAUGUUGAGGAUGAGGAAAGUGAAACUAAGACAGACGUUGAAAUUGUGAAAGGCGAUGUCAAAACAUGUCAAUGGUUGUUUGAGACACAGCAAAUGGAUACACUGUAUGAGAAAGAAAAGAAUGAGAGUGAAAUUGAGGAAAUUCACAAAGGCGAUGUCAAAACCUGCACUUGGCUCUUUGAGACCCAGAACCUGGACAAAAUUCGAGACGAGUCAGAAACCGGUAUUAAAACACGUACAGUGGAGCAGGAGGAUGUCCAGAGCAAAGAUGUCCGCAUGGUUCGUUUUCUUUUUGAGACAGAAAACCUGGAGAACAUCACAGGUGAAGAAAAUACUUCUUUCAAGAAAGUCACUGAUAUAGAUAUUCUAUCUGGAGAUGUAUCCAGAAUGAAGUAUAUAUUUGAGAAUCAGUCAUCUGACAUUAUGACCUCAACUUGUGAGGAAACCAUGCACAAGCUGAAAACUCUUCAGACCGAGGACAUUCAGAAAGGAAAUGUUGUUAAUUGCACAUGGAUGUUUGAAAAUCAACCAAUGGAUGCCAUUUGUGAGAAUUCUGAAGAACCCAAGAACAUCCGGACUAUAGUAGAUGUGCAGGGGGGUAAUGUGGAAAAAGGGCGAUUCGUUUUUGAAACCACAUCUUUAGAUAAUUUUCAGAAACAAUCCUCUGACAUAGAGGUGAGCCAAAUUCAAAAAAUCAUUCGUCAGCAGGAGGAGAAGGGAGAUGUGAAAAACUACACCAUGAUGUUUGAGACACAGCCUUUGUAUGCAAUCCAGGACAAAGAAGGUCAUUAUCAUGAGGUCACCACUGUCACUAAGGAAGAAAUAAUGCGGGGAGAUGUGGUGGGUGCGAGGUGGCUUUUUGAGACAAAACCUCUUGACUCAAUAAAGGACACUGAUGAGGUCUAUAUAAUUAAGUCUGUAACUGAGGAAGAUAUAAAUAAAGGGGACGUGAGCUCAGCUCGGUGGAGGUUUGAAACUCAACCUCUGGAUGAAAUUGCGGAGGACAUAAAAGUCUCAGUCAGAACAGUCAGUGAUGUUCAAGGGGGCGAUGUAAGGACAAACAAAGAACGCUUUGAGUCUAACGGGAUGUCACAACAGCUUGUGAGAACAGUAAGUGUGAGUGAAAUCCACAAAGGUGAUGUUAAAAGUGCAACAUGGAUGUUUGAAACACAUACACUGGAUAAGAUCCGUAGUGAAGACUCAGAAUACAAUGAAAUGGAAACAGUCACAAAGGAGGAAGUGUUAAGGGGAGAUGUUAAACAGUCGGUCUGGCUAUUUGAGAAACAGCCCCUUGGUAGUAUAAACAAAACUGAGGAAACAGAUGUUGCUGUUACUCGUGAGGAGAUUCCAAAUGCAGAUGUUAAGACAACAAAAUGGCUUUUUGAAACAACCCCAGUCCAUGAGUUUAAUGAAAAAACCAUAGAGAAGGAAGAGAUCAUUGGUAAAAGUAUCAAGGAGACACUAGAUGAGCUAUACAGUCAGAAAAUGGUUGCAUCAAAAGGCGUACUCAUCGAGGCCGAUGAAAUCGGGGAUAUCAGAAUGGCCAAAUUUAAGCUCAUGAAUCAAGAUGCACCCGAAAUCCAGAGAGAGGAAAUCCUUAAAGGGGAUAUUAAAAACAUAAUGAUGAACCUGCUAAACACACAGGACACUAUAGAGAAGGCCGUUAUUAUCAAUGAGGAAGAGAGGGGCAAUAUCAACACCACGGUAAAGCAGCUGUACAAUCAGGAGGUGGGAAGCAUUGAAAAGGAGGAAAUCAUCAGGGGUGACAUUCAGGAAGCUAUAAACAACCUGCUGAAGGGAGAAGGAUCUGCCAAACAUGGCAUUCUUAUUCAGGAAGACGAGAAGGGAGAUGUACGAAUGACUAUAUAUUCUCUCCUCAAUCAAAGAGAUGAAAAUAUCUUUGAAAAAGAAGAUAUUGUCAAAGGAAAUGUUAAGAGUACCCUCAACACACUGUUGACUGGCCCAGAUACACAGCUGAUGAAGAUUCAAGUUAGUGAUACAGAGAAGGGAAAUGUGAACUUUUAUUCCACCUGCAUUGAGUCUGGGGCUCUGGAGUACCUGAAAAGCCUACAGGUUGAGGCAGAGGAUAUUCUCCCAGAAAAAGAAGAAAAGGAGAAGAUUGUUGGUGGCAAUGUUAAAGCAACAAAGCUCAUCCUGAAGAACAACAAGCUGCAAAUUGAACGCAGUGUUGCGGAGGAUGACAUUGUCCCUGGAGAUGUGCACAACACAGUCAAGGUGUUCAUGACUGAACCUGUGCUCUCCAUGAGUAAUAUUGAGAAGGAGGACAUUGUGAGGGGAGACUUAAGAGCUACCCUGGAUUCACUAUCACUAGCCGCCAGCCAGGCAGUUGUGGUUGAGAAAGAGGAAGUGAUUAAAGGUGAUAUAUCCACCACACUGAGGUAUCUGGAAGAGGCCAAAAACCUGUCCAAGGAAAUUGAGAAGCCAGAGAUUGUUCCAGGUGACAUCAAAGGAGCACUGGAAUCCCUAGGGAAAUCGGCGACUGCAAAAGUCGAAAUUGUCAUUGAAGAUUUAGUGCCUGGUGACAUCAAAGGCACCUUGAAAUCACUGGAGGUGGCCAAGCAACUUUCAAGAGAGAUUGAAAAAGAGGAAAUUGUUAAAGGUGAUAUUCAGACAGCAAUGCAGAGUUUAAGAGAGGCAUCCAAUGAAAAGAAAGUCUACCAGCAGCAAGUGAGUGAGCAGGGCGAUGUGAGAGGCACUAUACAACUGCUGCUGGAACCACCACCUCCAUCUACACAGCGUAGGCCUAGUACAGAGGGAGAUGUUCAAAUGUCUAUACAAUCUCUGUAUAAUGGACAGGAGCAAACCCAAGUAGAGAAGGAAGAGGUGAUAAAAGGUGACGUUCAAGGCACUAUAAAAUGCCUGCUCCGGGGGAAAGAGCAGAAAAGAGCUAAAACCACUAUUAAUGAUUUCAGGAAAGCUAAAGCUACUGUGAAAGCCUCAUUAAUUUCUCAGCAGGAGAUCCAUGAAUGCUCAGUUGAGACAAAAGCUGAGAAUGAGGCUGUGACGCCAGCUCCUGCUGUUAAAAAUCUGUCUGAGAGCACUGAAUCACAGAACACCCAACAAAAGCACACAGCCACUAAAUCGGUGAAAAGCAAGUCUUUAGCCCAGGAGGAGCAUUCUCUCACAACACAAACCACAGCAAUCAAUAUGUCCCUUUCUCCUCCACCGACAAAUGUUAAAGAAAGACCAGCGAAACAGAAGGUGGUCUCCCCUGAACCUGUGGCCAUAAAUAAGAAAAAUGUGAGCAAUCUGGUCACUGAAAACACAGCAAACUCAGCAGAGAUUAGCAACCUAUCUCAAACUAGCAUCAACACAGAGCAUACGCAGGAGACACAAGCAGUCAGUCAGGUGCACACAACCGUGAUUGAGCAAAAAACAAUCACCAGAAAGCAUGACGUUAAAACCCUGAAGACCGAGUUCCGUAAUCUUGACGUAAGCCGAAAGGGUCUCAUUAAGACUGGUAAGAAGAAGAUGAAACCAGAGAUACACUUCCCCCCACCUCCUACCUCCCCACCCCCUCCUACCUCCCCGCCCUCACGAUCUGAGUCUGAAUUAUCUCUCCCUCCCCCGCCUCCACCUGAAGUUGAACCUGACCGUCAGACAUUUCCAACCCCUCCUCCACCUGAAAUGAGGCAAGACAGUGACCUCCCCCCACCUCCUCCACCUCCUGUUGAAUCCCUUUCACCUGAGCCAGAUCAUUUCCCUCUCCCUCCACCUCCACCUCCACCCCCAAUGCCAGGGCAAGAUAUUCUGCCUCCCCCACCCUCACAGCAAGAGCUGGACUCUAUGCCUUCCCAUACACCUCCUCCAGUAACUGCUGAGGCUAAAAAAAUGACAGUCAAAUCAGUAAAGGCUCCUGCUUUAUAUAAAGUCCCAAAGCUUGAAACAUCCAGGCAGUUCAAGCAGGAAAAAACAAUGGCACAGAAGAAGAAAAUGCCACCUCCACCGCCCCCGCAACCUUCAGUGAUAACUUCACAAAUACAAAUACAGCAAGUAAUGACAGCCACGGAUGUAAAUACAGUAAGCAAAACUGUGACUGAGAUAAGCAAACAAGAGGAAACCGUGAAAACAGAGAUGCAAACUGAAUUAAAAUCACUGUCCUCGUCAGAAGCUUCAUCUGGAACUCCGCUGACAAAGCCUGCUCACUUAGAAUCACCUCGCCCACCGAGAAAGGUUUUCAGCCCUCCAAAGAAACUGCCUCUACCAACUGUUCAGUCCCCACCUGCUAAACCCAAACCGUAUGCAAGAAAAUUCAAAACACCACUAAUGAUGGCAGAGGAAAGGUACCGAAAGCAAAGAGAGGAGGAGAAUGGAGCAGAGGAUACGACCCCAACCUCUCCACCUGCUAAUGGAGACCUGCAGUUCACAGCCAAUGCUGUAAUUAAGGAGGAUGUGAAAGAGGACGUAACCCAGGAGCAAUCUGAAAAGAUCAUUGCCUCAAAUGUAAUUCAGGAGAAAGCUGUGACUGAGACUAAAUUAGACACAGAAUCUCUUCUCCCAUCUGUGUCCACAGGUCUGACUGUUAGUCAGAAAUGCGUUUCUCAAUCUGCUGACAUUCGCUCAGCUAAACAGCAUGUCACCAUCAAUCAGAGCGUAGUCUCAAAGCAGCAGUCCUCGUCUGUUUCUUCCACCAUGCGUCAGACUGUUUCUACCAAAACACAAGAGGUUGUUUCUGUUUCCUCUGCUCAGUCUGACUCUUCCUCUAACAUCAAAGAUCAAGUCUCUGAAUCCACACCUGCUGAGCCACUAGAAACUAAACAAGAAAUUAUGCAAGACAUUACAAAUUUGCAAAGUCAGACUUCUGCUAGCACCAAAAUAGAAGGAAUCAAGAAAGCAGGAAGCUCUGUCAUUGAGGGACCAGGCAAGGCACCACAGCCUGCAAAAAAAUUUAAAGUAACUCCUAAAUUCAGAGUUAAAACUGUAAAAGUGCCAACACUUGAGAAAAUUGAGAAUCAAGAACAAAAGAAAGACACCACGCUGGAAGACCAAACGGACACUUCAGAAUUAAGCCAAAAAGAACAAAUUGUUUCAGAGCUACAGGAAAUGAAAGUGGUUCAGGAAAGCACUGAAGUGUCUGGCACCAUUCAUAAAAACAUUGAAACUGAAAUUAAAGUAGAAGAAAAUAAGUUGUCUGAGACUGCUGCACCUAUAAAGGACAAGAAGCCAAAAGUUAUUCCCAAAUUUAAAGUUAAAACAGUCAAAUUACCAAGAGCUGAGAAAAUUGAAAAACAAGAAAAAAAGACAGAUUCCGCUGUUUCAGAGACCUGUGAUGUGAAGGUAGUUCAAGAAAGCAUUACAAAGGAAGCCAGCAGUGCUGAGACACACACAGAAAUCGAAUCCAAGCUUGAAAAACAAGAUGAACAACAACUGGUAGAUGAUUCUGCCUUGCCAAAGGACAGUAAACCAGAGGUCCCAAUGAAAAAGCCAAAGCACAAAUCAAAGAAGGAGAAAGAGACUAGACUACCAACACCUGUUAAAGUUGCCUCUAAGGAGACAAAGCCACCAAGUUCUGUAAAGUCAGUGCAAGAGCAGGAGGAAAUAAGAGUUCACCAGACACAAAAGACCCACCAAGAGGAGCACAUCCAGGUUCAUGAGGAAGUGAUUAUUACUGAAAGUAACGUUCACCAGAGUUUCCAGCAGCAGGGCUCCGUUCAGGUUCAGAUGCAGGUCAGGUCUUCUCAAAAGCAAAAAGAGGAAUCAAGCAAAAAACAAAUACCAGGAAAACCAAAGGGCGAAUACAGGCGAUUUGUGGUCAAAUCGAUAGGUAAGGCGGAACAGAAAGAAGCUGUUCAGCUUGUAACUGAGGAUUCCCUUAAAAAAUGUGAAGUCAUACAGAAGCUGCUGUCUCACAUUGAUGAGCUCCAGGGUAUGUCAGGAGAAAUGGACACUAAUAAGGUAAAGACCAUGUUAAGUGAAAUCCCUGAGUGGUUAAUCAACCCACAGGAAAAGAAAGAUUUUGACGGAGCUGUGUCUGAGUGUAAUGUGCAGAAGCUGACAGAGAUCACAGAAUAUGUGAAAAAUCUUGCACAAUCAAAGCUUUUAAUCCUAAAUGAAAACAGCACCACAGCGGAAAAGCACAUCUCUGAAAGGACAGAUGCUGCAGGGGCAAUUCCAAAGACAUGCAAAAUAAGCAUCGGAUCUGUUAAACUUGACACUCAAAAGAAAGUGGUUACUGAAGAAAAUAGCUCACACGAGAGCAAAAAGCAGGAGCUGAUGGAAGGAAAACCUAUUGGGUCCAGGACACCCUCUCCCAUGGUAAGGCUGCGUUCACCAUCGCCAUCCUUCAUCACCAUCGAAUCGACACGGAGAACUGAUUCGCCCCUGAGAAUGGCACCUUCGCCUCCGCCGAUGCCUCCAACCCCUCCUCCCCGCAGAUCAGAAACACCCUCCUCUCAAAUCAACAGGGCCACGCCCUCUCCAACUUGCCUGGCUAAACUGAAGGACACCACUGCUAUGCUAUCUCAAAGAGCAUCCCCGACUCCCCCACAGCAGCCUGCUGCCUUCGUGGAAAAAAAGGCUGAAAUCGUGGAAUCGCCCGCUUCCUUCCAUCGACAGAUCAAAAUUGAAACCAGCACCAUGGAAACGUCGGAAAGUUCAGAUGCAUCGGCGAGCGCAUCAGUGAAGGACAAAAAGGACUUUUUUGAGGAAGCGCAAAAGGCUGAGGUGAACAGGACCUAUGUGCGCAAGGAGCCCAUCGCUAUCCCUGAGCGUCUGGGUCCCGAGGCAGAGGAGACGGAAAAGGUAGAUACGGAAAAGGAAGAUCUCCCCAGGGUGGACCUGUCGCAACUUGUUAACAAAUUUGAGUCACCUGAACAAAAGGUCUAUGUCAGAAAAGAACCGAUUCUCAUUGCAGAAAGGCUGGGGACUGACGUGGAAGAAACUGACACUCAGGAAGACAAAAAAGUCACUAUGAUGGAGGAAAUACCCACCUAUAGCAUUAAGGCUAUUAGAACUGUGUUUGAGACAACUGACAAAAGUUCCCAAGCCAAAGAGCAAAAACAUAAACAGGAGGCAGUGGAGCCAGAAGUCAUGACAGAUGGUUCAAAGCAGGCCGAGUCCUCAGGGCUAGAAGAGGGCUCCGGGCUGAGCUCUCCCCUGCCUGUCCACCAGGAAGAAGAAAAGAAAGAGGAAUCAACUGAACCCUCAGAGCUUUGCGAGACAAUGGCUGUCAGUGAGCAGUUCUCCAGCGUUGAUGAACUUGGAAACAAAUUAAGUGGGUCGAGGAGCGCCACGACAGUCUCCAAGCAUGCAGAAAGUGUGGUCACCCGACAUGCCCCUCCCACAUACGCAGACGUCGUGAAAGGGAAAGUCCCUGCAUUGGAUGUGUCUGCAGAGGAUUCACCAGAGGAACUGCUAAAGAACUUCCACAAGACCUGGACAGACAGCCAGAAUGUUUUCAAGAGCCUUGGUUACACCAUCUCUGAGGAGAGGACUUCACGGGUUGUGUCACACCAGGAGAAGACUGUCAUUACUGAAAAUGCAAGCUCCAGAGUUGGACCUGUGCCAGGUGUGUCAAAAGAGGGUGUAUCCGAUGGAAUCCCUGAUAGCAGACAAACAAAACUUCCAUAAAUCCUGUUUCCGCUGCGUGCACUGCAGCAGUAAAUUAAGCCUUGGCAACUACGCCUCUCUCCAUGGACAUAUAUACUGCAAGCCACAUUUCAAGCAACUCUUCAAGUCCAAAGGAAAUUAUUACGAGGGAUUCGGACAGAAACCAUACACGGAAUUAUGGAGCUCUAAAAACCAAAAG